UGUAUAAUGUCAGACGCAGUGGUGGCAGGAAGUGGCGGACAACCUAAUUCUGGACAAAUCAAGAAAGAAUUAUCGGAAGGCAUUAUAUACCAGACCGCAGAAAGUCCAGGAUCAACAUGCUGCACAGCGCUGUAUUCCGAUGUAGAAGUGAUAAAGAUGGAAAUUUCGGAUCAUUUUGAAGUUGUUGACCCGAAAUCUCUACAAAUAGCAAAUAGUCCGGGUAGUCCAGAUAGACAAUUCUGCAGCUCAACCACGGCGUCAAUUGGAGAAAUUACGACAAACGAUGAUAUUAAAGAAGAUAGUCCAAGGCGUCUUUGCCUUGUGUGUGGUGAUAUAGCCUCUGGAUUCCAUUACGGCGUUGCCUCAUGUGAGGCAUGCAAAGCAUUUUUCAAGAGAACAAUACAGGGUAAUAUAGAGUAUAAUUGUCCGGCAGUUGGAGAUUGUGAAAUCAAUAAACGGAGGCGGAAAGCAUGUCAGGCAUGUCGAUUUCAAAAAUGUUUAGCAUCUGGUAUGUUAAAAGAAGGAGUUAGAUUAGACAGGGUAAGAGGUGGCCGACAAAAAUAUCGAAGAAAUCCAGAUACUCCUCAUCAAUUACAAGUUGUAUAUCCACAAACAAAGAUUAGCCUAGAAGAUAUUAAGAUUUUAGAAGUGCUAUCAACAUGUGAACCUGAAUUGUUACAUAUGGGCCCAAUUAUGACGACAACAGACUGUGCAAUGCAUAUAUUGACAGCUCUUUCAGAUUUGUAUGAUCGAGAGCUUGUUUGUGUUAUCGGAUGGGCAAAACAAAUACCAGGAUUUGCAGACUUACCGCUAAACGACCAAAUGCGGUUGCUACAAGGGACAUGGGUGGAGCUCCUCACAUUGACGUUAGCAUUUCGGUCUCUUCCUGCAGUAACGACUUCCGGCACAGUGAUCGAUCCAGCAGCCGUAGCAACAAAUGGUGCCAACUUAACACCAUCUCUCAGAUUCGCGACCGACUUCAUAUUGGAAGAGCGUUGUGCGAAAGAGUGUAAUGCUCUAGAAUUAUAUCAACAAACUGCAAAGGUUGUUGAAAGAUUGCAUCGUACAGCGUGCACUAAGGAAGAAUAUUACCUUUUAAAAGCAUUGGCCCUAGCCAAUUCAGACGCCAAAUUAGAGGAACCAAUGGCUCUUCAUAAAUUUAGAGAUGUCAUUCUUAAUGCCCUCAGUGAUUGCGUUUCCGUAGUCAGUUCAAGUAAUGCGCAGUCACAACUACAAAAUUUAUUACUGAUACUGCCUACAUUGCGCCAAGCCGAUUACGUAGUUCGAAAAUUUUGGACAGCAGUCAAUCACGAUGGAAAAAUUUCCAUGAACAAACUGUUUGUUGAAAUGCUGGAAGCCUCAAGUUCUGGACGGCUCAAAUACAUUUGUUAAAUGACAAUGUAUAAUGGCUCCUUGCAAACAAAGGUUCUGAAAAUUUCAAGUUGAUGUGUACAUAUAUUAUAUAGAAAGUUAAAUAAAAACUUAUAUUUUUGAUCUAGAAAUGUAAAAUAUUGUGCUACCUCGAUGAACCCCACAUUUUUGGGGUGAGUAUAUUACCAAAAUAUGAUAAGGACACUAUAAGGAAAGGCUGUGUAUUGUUAAUAAGUUUUAAUGUGUUGUGAAUUGAAUGAUAUAAGAUAAAUGAUGCAAAAGGUAUAAGUAACAAUAGAACAGUUGCUACAGUUUUGCACCAUUGUCAUUGCUCAUUAAAUGAGUCCAUCAAACAUUUUCUAAAUAGGAUGUUGAUAAAGCUUUUUUUACAAAGUUAUUCCAAAUAAUGAUUAUUUUAUUUUCAUUAUCUGUUAUUAUUUGUGAUGAUUGUAUUAUACCACACAUGUUUGCUUUG